AAUGAGCUCGCUCGCUGCGAGGGCAGGAGCGGAUUUAAAAGAGGCCAGGGCGGGCGGAGGGAGGCUGUGGAGAGAGCGCGGAGACAAGCGCAGAGCGCAGCGCACGGCCACAGACAGCCCUGGGCAUCCACCGACGGCGCAGCCGGAGCCAGCAGAGCCGGAAGGCGCGCCCCGGGCAGAGAAAGCCGAGCAGAGCUGGGUGGCGUCUCCGGGCCGCCGCUCCGACGGGCCAGCGCCCUCCCCAUGUCCCUGCUCCCACGCCGCGCCCCUCCGGUCAGCAUGAGGCUCCUGGCGGCCGCGCUGCUCCUGCUGCUGCUGGCGCUGUACACCGCGCGUGUGGACGGGUCCAAAUGCAAGUGCUCCCGGAAGGGACCCAAGAUCCGCUACAGCGACGUGAAGAAGCUGGAAAUGAAGCCAAAGUACCCGCACUGCGAGGAGAAGAUGGUUAUCAUCACCACCAAGAGCGUGUCCAGGUACCGAGGUCAGGAGCACUGCCUGCACCCCAAGCUGCAGAGCACCAAGCGCUUCAUCAAGUGGUACAACGCCUGGAACGAGAAGCGCAGGGUCUACGAAGAAUAGGGUGAAAAACCUCAGAAGGGAAAACUCCAAACCAGUUGGGAGACUUGUGCAAAGGACUUUGCAGAUUAAAAAAAAAAAAAAAAAAAAAAAAAAAAAAAAAAAAAAAAAAGCCUUUCUUUCUCA